UUCAAACGCAAAGGCGAGUGAUUUUUUACAGACGCGUGUGUUUUACUAUUAAGCAUUGUGCGAAUUGCCGUCGCAAACGAGAUUUGCACAGGCAACAAAAACAACAAAAUCAACAAAUGCACAUGAAUAAUCAAUUUUAUUUUGCUUUUAUAAUCGAAAAUACCGCCAUUUAGUGUUUAACUGAACAAAUUACGAUUUGCUGCUCAUUUGCGGGUUGGAGCUGAAAGCUUUAGCGUUUUUGUUUGUUAUGCAUUUUAGACGGUGUUGUCGCGUGGGCUUUUACAAUACAUAGGCAGUGCGCUUUCGCUGUUAGAUACAUAUGCCUGAGACGCUUCGAAGUGCGACUGCUGUGAGUACGUCGCCAUAUGCCUAAGCGUGUGCGCAAUUAAACGCUUUAAGUCGCAUAAUGGCGUUGACAGCUUGUCCAAUCAAGCAUAACCGUUACGCUAGAUCGACAUUAAUAACACCAACGCUAUAGCGGCAGUUAACUCAGUCACAAUUACGGUCCCGUUUAUCAAUGUCAGUACUCAUCUGAGACGCGCGCUACAGUUGCAUUGUCCACCAGCGCAGCGGCUCCCGACAUACAACAGCAAGCGUGCUGUGCGCGCGUAUAUGUGUGUUGGCGCGCUCUUACGCUAAAUAGCCAAUGAAGCGUUGUAACUUGUCAAUUGUGUUUAGUGAUUUGUUCGUGCUGCGGUCAGUGGCAGGCUCCAAGUUCUUUUUGUCGUGUUGUCGUGAGUGGUGUGUUUUCAAUUGAACAACAAACCACAUAUUUCUGUACAUAAAUCAGCAUUAAUUUAAAAGUGACAUCGCCGCUCAUCAAACGGUUCAAUAAUUGUUAUCAAGCGGCAGUUUCAAUUUCCCAUCCGGCUGGAUUUCGCCUUUGUUUCGCGUUUACGCUUUGUUGUUGCACAUUCCGUUUGUGUUAGUUGAUUGUGUUGACCGCAAUUUCGCAAAUGGUCACGUGCGGCCGUCAACCAUUCAAUAUGCUGCCUAUGGCGCCGAUUAAUCCUUUUGUCGUCGGUCUGACACCAUCAUCGAUGGCAGCAGCUGCUGCAGCGGCCGCCGCCGUUGCAGACUCAACAGCACGUUCAAUAGGCAGCACAUCGACAGCGACUACGACCAUGAUAACAGCGAACGCGUCAGCGACCGCAACGACUGCAUCGAUUAGACCAAAGCUAGCCUUCAGUAUUGAUUCAAUUGUUGGCAUUAAUAAUAAUAACAACAACAACAACAUUAAAGACGUCGGUAGAGAUAAUAUCGCAGCAACGCAUUGUAGACCUAUGCGCUCCUCUGUCAUCUCCCCACCUCUCUCCUCUUCACAACGCAGCGAAAGCCCCGAUGAUCGCCUCAAUGGCAGCGAACGCGAUCGUUUACUACACAUCUAUGAUCGCCCACCCAGUCGCGUUAGCCUCAGUCACAGCGAAGACUCUCAUCAUUGCCAACAACCGUUAGAAUUAAGAAAUAGCUUUACUGUAAAUUAUCGCCCCAUUAACUCUGCGGCGGAUGUGCAUCCAACACAGCUGACGCGCCCAACAAUGGGUCUCAUCUAUUGUCGUCGUCGUUCGCUGUUAAAUGCAUCGCCGGAACGUGAUAGCGGCAGUCCGACAUUGGUUGGUAGGUGCACAUCGCGGUCACGUUCACGUUCACCCAACCGUCCGAUAGCGUUGUCUGCCCGCGAAUUGACAAACGUCGGUAAUCGCAGUCGCACACCAACCCCUUCACCUCCUCCGCCAUCGAACAGUCGCACUACACCACAAUCGCCUCAAACGCCAAGUAGCGCGAGCACAUCGAUUGGCAGCGAGCUUAGCAAACGACCCAUACAUGUGCCCGGCAUACCAGCUGGCCUGAUACGUCCGUUACCUCUGCAAGCGCCACAAAGUUUAAGCAUACUACAAGCUGGCGGCGGCAACGGCGGUGGUGCACCUAGUUCCUUAGAUGCUGCGAAUCCUGCCGCGAAUGCGACUUCACUACAUCCGAUUGCGACUGCGAUACAAGGUUCUGCACCACCCCCGCUACCAACAACACUUAGCAUACCACCACCGCACCCAGCUAACACUGGUGUUGUUGCUCCUCCUCCGCCACCGCCUAAUCCACAUUUUUUGGCUGCGCAAUUUCAAAUGGCUGCCGCUCUAGCCCAUCAUCAUCAUCAGCAGCAACAGCAACAACAUCAUCCACCAACGCAUUUGCCACCAGGUCAUCCAAUGGCUUUAUUCCCUCCGGGGCCGCAUCAUCCUCACUUCGGCGGUCCGCAUAUGAUACGCGAUAGUUAUCCGCUCUAUCCGUGGCUGUUGAGUCGACAUGGGCGGAUAUUCCCGCAUCGAUUUCCCGGUAAUUUCCUGCUGCAGCCAUUUCGUAAACCGAAACGUGUGCGCACAGCAUUUUCGCCUACUCAAUUGCUUAAGCUGGAGCAUGCUUUCGAGAGCAAUCAUUAUGUGGUGGGUGCUGAGCGAAAGCAAUUGGCGCAGGGACUGAGUUUAACAGAGACACAGGUUAAGGUUUGGUUUCAAAAUCGACGCACCAAACACAAGCGCAUGCAACAGGAGGGCGACAGCGACUCGAAAAGUCAGAAGGGCAGUCAGGCGGGUGACAAUGACGGCGGCAAAAAUGACAGCUCGCAAAAUAGUUUCGAAGAUCAAGAGGAUGACGAUGAGGAAGAUAUGAUUGAGGAGGACGAGGAUGAAGUGAUCGAUAUGGAUGAUUAUGGCAGCGAAAUGGAUGCCGAAGAGCAUCAACGACUGCGCGAACAGUUUCAGCAACAAUUGCAGCAACAUCACGAGCAACUGCAACAACAUAUGCAGCAGCAGCAGCAGCAACAACAACAACAGCAACAGCAAACGCAAGUGCAAGUGCAACAACAAGCACAUGUACAACAACUGCAACGGGAACAACGAGAGCUGAGAGAGCAACACCAGCAGCAGCAACAGCAACAGCAACAUCAUCAUCAGCAGCAGCAGCAACAUCAUCAAUUCAUGCAACAUCAAUUGUAUUUGCAUCAGCAAGCACAACAGCAGAAGCAGCUGCAAUUGCAACAACAACAGCAACAGCCAUAAUUGUCAACGCUCAAGCGUGAAGCUCCAUGAAUGACGGCGCCUGCUCCAUUAAACUGCAGCUAAUUGCCGCAACUGGGCGUAGCCGUUGCAAUGGCUGCUAGCUCGCACUCUCUCCCUCUCUGUCUCACUAUCUCUCCAUCGCUCUUUCUAUCCCAUCUCCAUCUGUUUGCUGUUGCCAACUCGUUACUCUCGUUUGAUACUCGCUUAUUUAUGCGAAUUGUUCCGCCAAACCAAACUCUUAUGUACUCGAACGUGUAAAUUAUUCAAGAAAUAUUAUUAAUUAAUUUGUAAAUUAGA